GCGGGAGGUGUAAGUAGUGAUCCUGAAUUGCGGGCUGUAUUAUAAAACGCAGGGCUAACCUUUUGGGCAGUAUUCACUUAAUUGGAUGAACUGGGCCCCCUACUGUCAUUGAGCUGCACUCUUUGGAAACGAGAUGCCUCAGAGGGAUGCCCAAAAAAUUCCAGGGCGAAAACACCAAGUCAGCUGUUGCCCGUGCUCGCAAGGCUGAGGCAAAAGCAGUGUCAGAUGGCAAACGUCAGAAAGAAAUCGAGGAUGCCUACUGGCAGGAUGAUGACAAGCAUGUCGCCCGCAAAGGGCAGAGGAAGGAAGACAAGGAAAAAAAACGCCUAGAGCAGUUAGAAAGGAAGAAGGAGAGCCAGCGAUUGCUAGAUGAGGAGGAUUCCAAGAUGAAGGCAAAGCCAACCAAACCUGCAGCACCCUCCAAGGUGACACGGGCGGAGAUUGAGGAGACGCUAUGCAAAGAGGAAGAGCACAAAGCCACCACUGAGAAACCCAAGACUCACCUGGAAAUGCCUCUAGAGGAGAACGUGAACCGCAGAGUCCUGGAAGAAGGUGAGGUGGAGGCCCGAACCGUAGAAGAUGCCAUUGCCGCUUUGAGCGUUGGCAAAGAGCUUGACCGCCAUCCUGAACGCAGGAUGAAAGCCGCCUUUGCAGCUUUUGAGGAAAUAAAUAUGCCCUUGCUCAAACAAGAGAACCCCAAUAUGCGGCUGUCCCAGCUGAAGCAUCUCUUAAAGAAGGAAUGGAUGAAGUCUCCAGAGAACCCAAUGAACCAGCAGCACGCCAUGUACAAUUCUCACUAACAGAUUCUUCCCCCCCCCAACUCAUCCACUCGUUAAUUUGCAGAACUCCCGGCAAGGGGAAACUAGCUGAACUCACCCCUCUAAGAGGGUAGGAAUUUGUGAAAAAAAUUAAGUCAAAGCAGAAAGACUCUAUUCAGUAUUAUGGGAUCCCAUAAUGCAUUGUGGAGUACGUAACCAAUGUUAAUCAGUGUGUGCCAAAUGGCUGGCCAAGGAAAAUAACUCCAACUGGACUGAAAUGACUUAACAGAAUGCUUUUUGGAGGAGGAAGCGGAGUAGUAGCCAGAGAAAUUAAUCCUUUUCUUACUAGUUCCCUCUAGCGUUAAAGGAUGUAAAAGGUCAUUAAAAGUUUUGUUACACUGUCCCUCAAAUGAAUUGGCGGUUGUGAUGUUAUUUAAUAGGAAUGCCGGUGUGACUUAUGUAAACAAAUACAUUUUACGAGUGGAUGCCAUUUAAUUAAUCCUGUUGCUAUGUGUUGGGCUGUUUACAGAAGGGAUAAAGAGCUGCCUUUUUCUGGAAUAUGUGCUGCAGUAGGACAUACAGUACAGAAGAAAACUGCAGUGCACAAAUAAAGUCCUUGCGACUCCUCUGUAUCAUGAAACAUUGACAUAUUUAUUUCAUUGUUUUAAGACCUAUUCCAUAUUUAAAGGGGACGUUAAGGAGGUAAUCAUGAUAUUACUAUUUCAUAUGCAGGAAUAAAUAAAUCUCAUUCAA